AUGGACAGGGCAAAUUCCGCGGGGGCUGUUGACGGACCACAAGGAAAUGAGCUCCACCCCCCCCUCGGACUUGAGGAAAAGCUCCACGACCUCCUGUCCGCGUUGAAGGUGAAUGGCAUGGAUGAAUGGCCUGGAAAGCCAUCGGAUGAGGGGAUUGAUUUGCUGAGCAUCAUGACCACCGCAGGCCAGGGAGGGUUCUCGGAUUCCACCCAUCCCGAGGCGACCACGAACACUCCAUCUUCAACCCCUCAAGAGGGUUUAGAUACGCUUAUGGAUGAAUAUGUUGGCCAACUUCGAAUGCUACGGAUUUUAGAAACUGCGGAGGGGGCAAAAAACGCGGACCUCAGGUAA